UUGAUUCGGUUAGAUAUCUCCUGCAAUAAAAUAACAACGAUCCCUGUUUGUUACCGGAACCUCAGACAUUUGCAGACCAUCAUGUUAGAGAACAACCCUCUCCAGUCACCCCCUGCACAGAUAUGUAUAAAAGGAAAAAUUCACAUAUUUAAAUACCUGAACAUAGAAGCAUGCAAGAUAGCUCCAGACUUGCCUGAUUACGAUAGGAGACCCAUGGGGUUUGGAUCCUGCCAUGAAGAACUUUAUUCUAGUCGUCCAUAUGGAGCACUAGAUUCUGGCUUCAAUAGCGUGGACAGCGGAGACAAAAGAUGGUCAGGGAAUGAACCUACAGAUGAGUUCUCUGACCUCCCUUUGCGUGUGGCAGAGAUCACUAAGGAACAGCGCCUGCGAAGAGAGAGUCAAUAUCAAGAAAACAGAGGUAGCACAGUUGUAACUAAUGGUGGAGUGGAACAUGAUCUCGAUCAGAUCGACUAUAUUGAUAGCUGUGCCACGGAAGAGGAGGAGGAAGAGAGCUCACCAAUAAAGCCUGUAUCCAUCAGAGAAUUUCAGAGAACAGAGGAUACAAGACGAUAUUUACAUCAAAAUAGAUCCGAUGCUGAUGAAUUACGAAGACCUGAAACUCUAAAUUUGAUGCAGGACAGAGAGCAACACCAAGUACUGAGGAAUUAUGUGAACAGGACAGAGAGACCCUUGGCUGAUUCACCUUACUUUCUCUCUCUAUCAAGUCACCACAGUCAGGUGCCUAAUGCAGACCCUGAGCUGCACCGCAGGCACAUAGAGCGUACCCGUCGGGAAGCCCAGCUAGCAGCACUUCAGUACGAGGAGGAGAGGAUGAGAACAAAACAGAUCCAGAGAGAAGCUGUCCUUGACUUUGUUAAACAAAAAGCAUCCUUAAGUCCUCAGAAGCAAAGUCCUCUGGAUAGUGAGAAUGGCUUUGAGCCUCUCUUUGUGUUUGAGAUUGACAGUAACACCAAUACCAUUAAAAGGCGGCCAGGGACUCGCAAACAGUCGCUCUCAGGGUUGAAUCAAGAAGGCUGUGCUACUACCCUGCCUAGUGCCUCUACGUUCAGACCUGUCAAGAGUGAUGACAGAUCGACCAUCUCUCCCAGCUCACCUACCACUCAGACAGUCCACCUUUCCCCUCCAUAUCCUGGCCCUGCAGCCCCGCCUUCCUAUAGAAACCCUUGCCAGCGACCUGCGAGUUUCCUUUUCCAAGCAGCUGUCAGGGAUGAAGCAAACAAAGGUAGGUUACAUAGUUUAGAAAUGAGCUAGUUUUGUUACAUGAUACUAACAUCUGCAUUACCUAGGUUUUGCACGGUUCUGCUAUUUCAGGUCACUAUUAUCAAACUAGUUUUAGAGUUCCAUUUGUGGAUACCUGACUUUAAAUUUAGAAGAAAUACUUUCUGAAUAAGCAAUUAUUUAGAGUUGUCAAAUACUCUUUUGUCAUAGUUAUUUAAAUGUGGGAAUUUGUUCUUAGGGUUUGUGCUUACACCUAGAAGGAUAUCAAGGAAAUGCCACACAAGCUUCCAAAAAGUUAUGAAGGCAGCUUGAUAUGUUUUUCGCUUGUAGCACGUAACAAAAUUACAAUGUUUAUAGGAAGAUGGAGCUAUUUCAACAUAUUUAGUGUUUAAAAAAAUUGUCCUCUUUUUCUGAAUGAUUAUUAGCCAAUGGAAAGAACAGACUCUAAACAGAAAGCAAGAUCUGUUACAGAAACAUGUCAUUUAGAUUAUUAGAUCGUUAAGCUUGGUAGAUUAAUAAUCCAGUGAAGGAAACGGGUUUGUGAAAAGGAGUGCACUGCAUCCACCUGGCAUGUUGUGCGUGCACAUGUAAUGUAGCAGCA